AUGGGCAAUUAUUUUAGAACUGUCCCCAAAGGACCACUAGAAGAGACUUUGAUCAAUUUCCUUAAAACAAGAAAACUAUAACACAUUAAUGAUUGCAUAGAGAUGAUCAAUGAUUCUUAUCCGACUAAAAGCACCCUAAUAUUGGAUGAGUAUUUGGAUGUAUUUGGGGGAAUACUAGAAGAAUGGACUGAAUAGGUGUUUCUAUUAUUGGAAAACAAUAAUUCAUCUGCUGGAUAAGUGGAUAUCUAUGAAAGUUUGGCUGUCAUUAUUGUCUUCUGUGGAGAAGAAUUCAAUACUAAAUUGGAGUUCAUCUAUAAAAUGUUUGAUUUCGAUCAAUCAGGUGAGAUCGAGAAAAAAGAACUCAUUAUGACCUUAUAAACAAGUAUUAGAGCAUUGUGCAAAAUUGCAAAACUGUAACCUCCAGAACUUAAGGAUCUAGAAUAUUUUGCAGAAAAAAUGUUUAUUCAAUUAGAUUCAGAUAGGAGUGCAUCAAUAUCAUUCCAUGAAUUUGGCCUAUGGCUUUUGAAUUCAUGGGAAUUAUAAGAUUUUAUGCUAUAAUAUGCCUUAAUCCAAACCUAUGAAAAUGCUGAUAGAAGAGCAAAGGAAAGAAGAAUCUUCUUUCAAAAAUUCUAUGAGGCUGCAGCAGGAGGAGCAGAUCAAUAAUAUUGUGAUGCUGAUUCCAUAAAAACCUUGUUUUUUGCAGAACUUAAAGAGCAAAAGAAAGAGACUAUCGAAUUGCUAAUUGAUAUUUUGAUCUAAUCUACUAAAAUACAUCAAAAGCAUGAUGAAUAAAACCAGCAAUAUCCAAAUGGAAUUUUAAAAGAAGCUUAUGAGGAUAUUAUGGCUGCAUGGAGUGCUUUUGAUUCAUCAGAUAUCAAUUCCGACAAUUAGACAUCAAUCUCGGAAUUGAAGUUCUUAUUGUAUGCCUAUGAAGGAGAUAAGCCAGAUUUGUUUAGAAUUAAGGAGGAGAUGAAAAUAUUGGAUAAAGACAAUUCAGGAUAUGUUUCAAGGGAAGAAUGGAUACAAUACCUAUGUGUGGAAGACAAGGGUAAAUUCUAGUUUAGAGGAAAUCUCAAAUAGCUUUUCAAUAAAUAUGACAAAGAUAACAGUGGAGCACUUAGUAUUCUAGAAAUUAAAUAAUUAUUAACAGAUAACAUGAAGGAUAUGCAAACUAAAUUUAAAUUGAAAGGAUAAAAUGAAAAUUUUGAAGAAAUGGUUAAUUAACUUGCUCAAGAAGUGGUUGAUGACUUAAAUUCAGAGGGUGAUAAAUAAUCUAAUGAUCGAACUUUGACUUGGGUUGAAUUCAAAAAUUAUAUGGAUCAAGCAGUUCUUAAAUUAAACAAGUUAAAGGAAUUUUUAAAGUCAAUUUGA